AUGAUCAUAUCUUGGUUGCUAGUCUUGUUACUCUACUUUACCAGGGCUACUUGUAACUAUUGUCCGACCCGUAAGACGAUCACUCUGAGUAAGUUGAGGAGGGAAUAAAGCUUAUUUUAGAUCCCUAUGGCCGUCCAAUUUCUUGUCAUUCCUCUUCUGAUUGUCCAAUGUCAUCAAAAUGUUUCUUAAUAAGUGGAUAUUGUUGUGAAGAUCUUACCGUAAUGGCCCCGGAAUGCCCUCAAGAGAUGAUUCCAGUCAAAAUUUCUCAAAAUAAACUUCUACAGUGCAAGAUGACAGACAAAACCACCUGCCCGAACGGCUCUGUUUGUGUUCCAAGUUCAAUCCCAACUGUUGGCCAUUGUUGUGCUCCAGACCCAUCAGAAGGAUGUGCUGUUGGAUCAAGAGUACUAAGGAAAGAUACCUCAAAAGAGGCUAUUUUGUGCAGUCCAUCUACUCAAAGAAAGGCGGAUACUUGUCCGGGGGAAUCAAGUUGUCAAUGGAACUUCAAUCUAAAACAAUAUCAAUGCUGUGAACCGGAUGAUGGUGGGUGUCGUAAUCAACUUGUAUAAUAAAAAAUAGGAUGUCCUCGAAGCCAUCGUCCCAUGCUGGAUGAGCAUUCUGUUGUCCGAGCCUGCGAUCCCUCCAAAAAUAUAAAUUGCCCGAGGGGAGGUGUUUGUUGGUAUAAUUUCUGGCAUGGGAAAUUCCAAUGUUGUCAGCCAAUUGCGGAGAGUAAGCAAUCUGCAGAAUCAAAUAAGUUUUCAGAUUUAUGUCCUGCAAAUAUGGUCGUAUUUUUGAGUCCAGAUGGUCCGAUCUCCUGUAAUUCAGAUUCUGAAUGCCCAGAAAUGUACAAAUGUCAACAAAAUAUUUGUUGCGGCCAUCCUGGAGCAUGCCCUCGGCCUGCUCACAGUCCAGCAAGAGACGAGCACGGUAUAAAUUUGCAUAAUGAACGCUUCAAUUAUGUUAUUUGUCACAAAAUCUUCUUAUUUAAGGGAGAUUACGUCCUUGUUUUGCGCCAGGCUUCGUAGAUUGUCCAGGGGAUUCCUCUUGCGAGCCAUCUAUCUAUCCAAUGGUGGUCAGACAUGCCUGGAAACAACAGCUUUGUUGUGCAAAGACCGUCUUAACGUGUGCUGAUGGAGGUUCUCCUUAUCCGAGCAACAAAGAUCCGAUGCCUUGCGACAAAAGCAAGAUCGAUUCGUGUCCCGUGGAUACGAAAUGUCGAGCGAGGUAAUUUUUUGCUCACUAUUAACACCAAGUGACGUUUCAGUAAUGUUCCUAAAACUUUUAUUUGUUGUCGAACCAAAAUUCUUUCCGCCCAGUUAUGCCCUAAGGGUUGGAUCCUGGAAAACAACCAACUUAAGGUAAGUUUAACAAGGGAAUGGACUUUAUGUGUAAAUCGAUUUUGGCUUGGGACCUAGUCAGAUCGAAAGGUGUGUGGUAGUCGAUUAUUCACUUGGGGGGAAAAUCUCUGCGCGGGGCUUCAAAGCCGAGAAAAUCGGCUUCAAAGUUUGGACGAAAAUCAAAGGAAAGGGAUAGGGAUCCCGGAAAAGAAGCGGUAAAAAGUGUGAAGCAGUGGCCGAGUGGUCAGUGCGCUCGCUUUUUGCGCAAAAGGUCGCAAGUUCGAAUCUGCUUCCAUUCAUAACUUUUUUAGACAAAAACUUCUAUUAUUUUUUUUCCACUGAACUCGAUUAUCGAGGCAAGAAGUAUAUUUUAAACGGAACUUUUCCAUUUUCAACGGCUUCGCACCUUCCCUUUACAGUUUUAGAGCGCAGGGCACACCAUCAACCUGAUGUAUUCAAAAACAACUUUCCAUUAUGUUAACUUUUUUAUCUAUACCCCUUUUUUAAAUGUAUAGCCGGAUUAGCACAAAGAAAGCAAAAGUAAAAACGAUAAAUGAUGAUUUGAGCUUGGAAAGAUUCGAACCUGCAACCUUUUGCGCAAAAGGCGAGCGCACUGACCACUCGGCCACUGCUUCACACUUUUUAUCGCUCCUUUUCCGGGAUCUCUAUCCUUUGAUUUUCGUCCAAACUUUGAAGCCGAUUUUCUCGGCUUUGAAGCCCCGCGCAGAGAUUUUCCCCCAAGUGAAUAAUCGACUACCACACACCUUUCGAUCUGACUAGGUCCCAAGCCAAAAUCGAUUUACACAUAAAGUCCAUUCCCUUGUAAGCUAAUUUAUUGAUUUUAUUACUGUAAUUUAAGUACUGUAAACCGAAUAGUAAUGACUGUUCGAACAGUUGUCUUCUCUCCUCACAAACUCGGCAAUUUAUUUGUUGUUCUCCUUUGAUGAGAGCCCAAUCGAGACUAAAACAGCUCAGUUUGGUCACUUCUCUCGAUCGGGAUUACACGUGCCCUCUACAAUAUGUUGGCCCUGAGAUUCUGAAUCGCCAAGAACGUCAGUGUUUUUCCCCAGGGACCAGAGGCGAAUGCAGUGCCGGCUUUAUUUGCGCAACAUCCCUGGAAGAUGGGAAUGUGAACAUCUGCUGUGGCCCUUCGGAUAAUCAAAGGGACGAAUCCAGAUUCAGAUGUCCCAAUCCUGGCCAAAUAGAAGUUUUGGAAAACGGGAGGAACAGAUUCUGUGACGCCUACAGCAAUGAUUGUCCCAGGCUGUAAGUGAAAAGCAACUUCUUUGUUACAAGUUGCAGAUCCACUUGUCAAUCAGCGUUGAAUUCUUAUCAGAUGAUGAUUUGUUGUUUCUCAGCCACCUCGGAGACUCCUCUUUGUCCAGCUGAUAGCAUUCCUCAGCCAUCUACCGCCGGAUUUGUCCCUUGUGAUCUUAAUCGAGGGAAUCAGUGUGAUAAUGGGUAAGAUGGAUGUCAAGAUAGACAUUAACCUUGCUCUAGAUACAUCUGCAUCCCUUCGGCCAAUCAGCCUCAAAGUUCGGUCUGUUGUUCCCGAGUCAAUUCGAAUGCCCAUAUUUGUCCGAAUCAGCAGUCAUUGUACCUGGUAUGAUGAUAAUAAUUAUGCUAAAAUUAAUUUACAGGAUAAUGGACGUCCAAGGAUCUGCACUCCUCAGCAGAUCAACCCCUGUCCCACUGGGUUUACUUGCUCUCAAUCUGUUGCAAACUCGGGAACUUAUAUUUGCUGUUCUUUGCCAACCACCGCUACCUGCCCGGUUAGUUAUACGGUAGUUAUUGGAGUAAAUGGGCCGGUAAGUUGCCAAAAUGCUGUUUUUACCAUGAACCACAGAUUCAUUGUAAUGUCAACAAUCAAAACGACUGUCCGGCUGACAGUCAGUGUCUCCGAUCACCGAAUCAAGUCCAAAGUGCAGUUUGUUGCCAAUCAUCAAAUGCUCCCCGGGUAUGCCCAGAGGGCAUGUCAGCUUUGCUAUUGCCCAACAAUCAGAUAGAAAGAUGCACCGGCCCUGGAAGUACGUGCCCCGUAAGUCGAAUCAAAUAACUUUAGAUCUUCCAGGUGUCUGGCUAUACAUGUCAAUUAUCCAAUUCUUUGAGCGCCUGGGUAUGCUGUGGCCACGGUCGCAGUCAAGUGUUAUGUCAAAAUGGAGAUGUCCCUUACUCUCAACAGUUCGGUAGGUUAAGCAUCAAGUGUUUCACCCAUCCAGGGACUCCAUUUCGGUGCAAUCUGUUCGCCUUUCCAAGCGAAUGUCCAGUUAACUAUGUUUGUCAAAGUUCAAGUCAAGCCAAUACGAAUGUCUGCUGUCCCAGCAAUUCACCUGGCCCUAAUCCAACUCCUGAGCCAUUUCCUCCAUUUGAACCGACGCUUCGGCCGCCUGCUGCCGAUCUCACAUGCCCCACGGGAUGGAGUCCGUUCGAGGAUUCAGAAGGCGCUUACCAUUUCUGCCAGCAUCCCCUUGAUCGUCAAUGCCCGCAGGUUCGUUGAAUAUUAUGUAUAUGUUUCGGGACAAGAGUUGGAGCAGUUUGGAUUUUCGCGUCAAGACAUUUCCGGAAUUUGGACACUUCCGGAAUAGCGGAACACUUCCGGAACCGGGGAAAAAUCAAAGAUAAGGACUAUCUGAAUAGAUUGACCGUUAUUAAUUUCGGGUUUUUUUCUGAUUAUUACUUUUUUCUUAUGUAGUAAUGUUAAAAAGUAACUUUUUGAAAUUUUUCUAAAAAUACUGGAUUUAGGGGUUUUCGAGGUUGCUGAUUUCGAAAAUCGUGUUCAUUUUUUCUGCACUUUAUAAUAAUAGGUCACAAUCAGGACUUAGAUCGCGACUCGCGACCGAGGUCAAGGAGGUUGCCAAAAAUUACCCGAAAAUGUUCUCAAUGCUUGACUAUGAUGGUCACGACACUUUCUUUAGGUCAGGUCGUCACCUAUCUAUUGUACAGGGUGGGGCAUCUUUGUGGCCCGAUUUGAAUUGACUAUAACUUCUUUAGUUUUUGGCCAAAUUUUAAAAUUCUUUUUUUCCCUGAAUCGUCAGCCAACCCCAUUUUGUUUGAUACCAAAUAUGUUAUACAUAGGUGAGUGUCAUCUACAGUUAUUGGAUUUAUUCUUGGAGUUCAUUUUUUUGGUCGUUUUUCGGUUGUUUUUUCGGUCUUUCCCGGUGUGUCCGAAAAUGGAGUCCGGUGUGGAAGAAAAGGCUUGGUCUGUGGUUUGGUAUAGCAAGUACGGUUCGGCGCUAAAUUUUCAAAUGGGGAUACCGCAUGAAAUACGGACGUAAUGCCUAACCUCCAGGUCGCAAGACAAUUCGACGUUCGUGGAAUAAGUUCCUUGAGACUGGCAGCGUUAACAGGAAACAAAAAAAGCAGGAAAGAUGAGUACGAACGGAGCUGAAAAUUUAAGAAGUUUUGUCAAAAUUCCGAGAAAAUCCGCAUAUGAGUACACCAAGUUUGGCCAGAACCGAGGGAAUGCCUUCACCAAGGACCAUUCGACGAACUCUGGAGGUUGAGCUUCACUUUUUGUUCUUAUUCUCAUCGUCGAUUUUCGGGAGGGGAAAUUCCACCGUAUUUUUCUUCCGCACCGUACUCCAUUUUCGGACACACCGGGAAAGACCGAAAAAACAACCAAAAAACGACCGAAAAAAUGAACUCCGAGAAUAAAUCCGAUAACUGUAGAUAUACACUUACUAUGUAUAACAUAUUUGGUAUCAAACAAAAUGGGGUUGGCUGACGAUUCAGGGGAAAAAAGAAUUUUAAGAUUUGGCCAAAAACUAAAGAAGUUAUAGCCAAUUCAAAUCGGGCCACAAAGAUGCCCCACCCUGUAUAAUAAUAAAGUGUAGAAAAAAUCGACAUGAUUUUCGAAAUCAACAACUUCGAAAAACCAUAUUUUUAGAAAAAUUUCAAAAAAUUACUUUUCAACAUUACUAAAUAUAAAAGUAACCACCAGAAGAAAGCACAAAUUUUUAGUUUCAAAAAAUACCGUAUACUGGGGUUACGGUAAUUACAACUUUCAGAAAUAUUGAGCUGGUUUGUAAAAACGCGUAGAGGUAAAAUAAUAAAAUCUCACUGUUUUACGUGUUCAACCAUGGUGAGAAUAUAAUUGAAUUUUUUUGUGGGAUGUGGCAAUUAAAUUUAGGUUUACUGUAUGAUCAACAUUCAAAUUAGUGUUUAAGCACUUGGUACUUCUGUAAACUUUGCUUUUUUUAAAUUUUUUCAUCGAAUUUGGCGACUUUGUUUUAACCGGAAACACAAAGAUUUUCGAAGUCCGGGAAAUCCAAUUGAAAAUCUUUGCAAAAAUUUUCUAAGUUUCACCGGGUGUCCUGAAAACACAAACAGUCCAUCUUGAGACUUGUAGAGGUCGUUGUAGACAGCAAUCUGCUUUACAUUUCUUUAAAACCGAAAUCUUCUAGGGGUUUUCAUGUGCACAAUCCUCAGUGUCAGGGGUGUUCGUUUGUUGUCGUCUUGCAUCCAACUUGCAAUGCAGUACUCCAAACAUAACUCCCUACAUCAUCAACAAUGCCCCUCGUCUCUGCACCCUCUCCAAUACGAUCCCCAACCCGUGUCCUCUCAAUUUCUCAUGUCAACCUUCCAAUGUGGCCCAAGUUCAUAUCUGUUGUCCCAUCAAUUCUAACAUCAGACCGCUCCCAGCAAUCCAAAUUAACCGCCCAGUCCAAUCAUCUUACUAUGGGAAUCAGAUCAUGUGCAUGGAUGGCAGUAUCCCGGCUUAUGUGGGGCAAGAGAUGGUUCAAUGUAAUUAUUUGAACACCCCUGAUUGUUGUCCUCCCACAUACAUAUGUGCAUUGUCCACCCAAAGAGGGAUCAAUGUGUGUUGUCAUAGUCAGUUACGGUAAGAGGAAGGAUUACGGUAGAAAAUGAACAGAUCUUCAGCCAGAUUAUCUAGCCGCAAGGAGGUCAGGAAUAUAUGUCCGGAGGAUAGUAUUCUUGUUCCGGAUGGAGAUAACCAAUGUUUUGACUCGAGAGAAUGCCCAGGAACUUCUACAUGUCAUCCUGAGCCAAAUGAAAUCAGAGGACAUUGCUGCCAACAACUGGAAUGUAACGAAGAUUACUCUUUAAGAUUGCCUACUCAGAGAUGUGUAGAAGAUGGAGAAUGUGGAGAAAAUGGGAAAUGUCAGGGAGUUCCUGGACUGGAAGGUGAGUCAUAUAAAGUAAUCUCUUCUACAGAAUUCAGAUGUCCGAGUUUGUUGUAUUCCUAAUUUUGAGAAGAAACACAGAUGUCUCGGCCGAGGUACCUUCCUUCAUUCUGGCCAUAGUAUCUUCUGCACUGCAAAUGAGGAUUGUCCUGCAGAGCACGAAUGCUCUAAUUCGACUACAACAGGAAGCUCUAUUUGUUGUGCAAGCUCCAAAACUCAUGAUUUAUGUCCGGAGAACAGGUAAGUCGUCAAGUCUCUUGAUCAAAUAGUUUUCAGGAUACCCUAUAGGAAUGUUAAAGACGAUCAGCCAAUUAAAUGUGCUGUUACAGAGCUUUCAUCGGCUUGUCCCACUGGUUACGUCUGCAAAACAGGGCCCUCCGGGGAUUCGUUUUGCUGUUCUUUUAUCGCGUUUUGCCCUCCGGGUAAAGUCCCGGACAUUGACGAAAGGUUAAAUCAUGCCAGAAGGUAGGAGGGCUGUGCUAAUAAACAGAAAAUUACCCUCAUUGUAGAUGUCGGAAUAGUUCCGAUUGUGCUCCUGGGUAUUCUUGUGGUCCCUCCUCUGUGGAAUUAAUACAAAUAUGUUGCUCAUCAAAGACGGCGUUCGGCAUAAGGCAGCAGUCCCAAACCGACGAUUACAAACUCUGGACGAUAAUGGAAGGAUGA